AUGAAGAAGCCGGGCGGAACCGAGAAGAAAAGAUAUCUGUUGGAGAAUAAAUCUGUGAUUACUAAGCAAGGUGUGAGUAAGGAUGCGUUUCAGUUGUUUGCCGAGAAAGUUAGGGACAACAAGGGGUUGGAAUCAAGAUGGGCUGUUAUGGAGGAAGCACGAGUCGAAUACGUUAGAGGCAAAUAUUUUGUCAGCUUCUUAAAGAAUCCCCUCGAGUGUAAAGAGAUUCUUGAAGAAGAUAAAGACCUUGACGCGGAAGAUAUUGCUAAUGUGUUGUUGGAAAAGAACGUUUUUGUCCGUUGUGAUCGUGUUACUAAAACUGCUCGUCCUGGGAAGAAAAAGCUCUCUACUUGGCCUGCUCAUAUUGAGAUUUACACAAAAAUCAAGGUUUUCUCUGAAACUGAUGCGUUUCUUGCAUGGACGUUUGAGAAAAGGCAUCCACUGUGGCAAACGCUUCUGUCCUUCUGGCUAAUUUCUUGGGAUCGUGAGCUGGAGUACUACGAUCUUCACAGUGAACUCAUUCAGUAUCGGCGUGCUCAGAUGAUCAAGCAGAAGUUUAUUUCAGAAGAACUUAUUGUAGACUCACACUUGCGCAGGGACAAUGGCUUAUCUCCUCUCAUGCCAGAACAGGAAGAGGUGAGGCAUCAAAUCCACAAGACAGCUAUGUUGAUGGAAGCAACAAAGGAGAGGUGGCAUCUGUGGAGGAAGAUUGGUAUUCUGCAGAGAAGACACGAAAUGAGUAACACUAAGAGAUCAAUGAGAGCUUAA